CCCCUGUGAGCGCUUAGUAACAAGCCAUAAACAAAAGCAACAGCAACAGCAGAGAAAGAGGAAAAAAAAGCACCAAAAGGAAACAAAUCUUUGCUCACCAUUGGGAAACCUGGGACGAUGAUGAAGACCUAGGAUAAAGAUUCCUGAGACAUUUGGAGGCAGCGUUUGGCGAAUGAACAGAGACAUGAGCCAGUCAUCGGUGACUCUUGCCAGCACCUUACAGGUGAAAGGAGAAGCUUUAUCUGAGGAAGAAAUGUGGUCUCUCUUGUUUCUGGCUACUGAACAGAUUCUUGAAGAUCUUAACAAGGGUUCCUCUAAUUACAUAGUUUGCCCUUGGUCGACACUUCUGCAUGCUACAGGAAGCCUUUCCUUCCAGGACAACGUUUCCUUUAUAGAGGCCACCCCUUUUAAGGCCCCAGAAAUACUUCAAGGACAGGGUCAAAAUCUGCAAAUUGAAAUAUCAAAGGUGCAUGUUUAUUCCUUAGGAAUGACUCUGUACUGGUCAGCAGAAUUCCGUGUUCCUCCAAACCAGCCUCUUCAACUGAGUGAGCCAUUGCUUUCCAUUUUGCUAAUGAUGUGUGAAGAUUUGCCUCAGAAACGUGCUUCCCUUCCACUCAUCUGGGAGGCUUGCUGUGUCCAUCAGAAAGAAGUGGCUGUUUCUCUGACACACCUCCCCAUAAAGAGAUUGGUCAGCCUUGUUCUGGGAAGCAUCAUAGAGAUGGAGCAGAUUGUUGUUGAAGAAAGCAAAUUUGUGCAACAGAGUAGAAGUUACAUGAUAAGGAGGAGACUACAUCAGAAACAAAGUGAAUUCUCACUGCUGUCCACUCAGAAGACCCUGCAUCCAGAGAGAGACACACAACAAUUGAGCUCAUGUGGAACCCAGUUGAGUGCUUCAGCACCCAACGGCUCCAAAUCCUUUCUCAGUGGAUCAGAUAGUCUGAUUGUGGAUGAAGUUCUCCCAGGAAUUCAGCAAGAUAACAGGCUCAGCUUAGGUGCCUUCUCUGUGGCACCUCAGAGAUCCUCCUCAGUGGUCUCUUCCCAGAGAUAUUUAUUAAAAAAGAAGGAAAAGUUCUCAAGACCAGAAUUUAUCCAGUUGACUGGAGAGGCACCAGUGACAUUACUACUACCUGGAUCCAUUGUGACAAAAAAAGGGAAAUCAUAUUUGUCUCAAAGAGAACUCUAUGUGGUUCUGCUGAAUGGGCAGUGUUUAGAAGUGAAAUGUGACAUCAAGUCCAAGGCACGAGAUGUCUUUAACUUAGUUAGGACCUAUGCCAACCUAGUUGAAUACUUCUACUUUGGCUUAGCUUUCCAGAAAGGUAAAGAAUUCUUUUUCUUGGACGAUGAAGCCAAGUUGAGUGAAAUGGCACCAGAAGGCUGGAAUGAUCGACCCAAGAAGAAAACCACCGUUGUUCACUUCACACUCUUUCUGAGAAUAAAAUUCUUUGUCUACCACUUUCACCUUACUCAGCACAGUACUACAAGACAUCAAUUCUAUCUCCAGCUCCGGAAGGACAUUCUGGAGGAACGUAUAUACUGCAACGAUGAGAUGUUAUUACAGCUUGGUGCAUUAGCCUUACAAGUGGAAUUUGGGAACUACAGUCCAGAGACACAGGGGAAACAUUAUUUUUUGGUUGAAGACUAUAUUCCAGCAAGCAUGAUUGAGAGAAUGACAGCACCCUGUGUGCAAUUGGAGAUCUCAAAAAUGCACCGUUGCCAUGGUCCCCUAUCUGGAGAAGAAGUUGAACUGGAAUUCUUAAAGCUGACCCAGAAGCUUCCAGAAUAUGGUGUGUUCUUCUAUCGAGUCUUCCAAGAGAAGAAAAUGCCACAGGCAGAGAUGACCUUGGGGAUUUGUGCCAAAGGCAUAAUUGUAUAUGAAGUAAAGAACAAUAGUAGAAUUGCAAGUUUACGUUUCCAGUGGCAAGAAAUGGCAAAGAUUUCCACCCAGAGAAGGAAAUUCACCAUUGAAAGCAGCAUCAGUGGUAAGAAACAUACUUUCAUUACUGAUACUGCCAAGACGUGUAAAUAUUUGCUGGACCUCUGCUCUGACCAGCACAGAUUUAAUGCGCAGAUGAGCUUUGGGCAUUUUUCCCAAGUUUUAUCAGAGGAUAAUCAGCUCAUGCAAAUGUUCAAAUCAGAUUCUGCAAAUGUGCCCCAACAUGAGUGUCUCCCUCUGAUUCAGAGAUUGUCCUGCUCAGAAAAUAUGUUGCUUGGAUCUUAUCUGGAAAAUACAUCUGGAAGGCUAUUGGGCAAAUCAUGUGAUAAUUUUGAUGUGGAAAAUGGCUGUAGGACUGAAGAUGAAGGCAAACAAGACGGCCCUUCUUUUGGAUGGUCACAGUCAGAGACAUGUUCUUACAUAACUGAAAACCAGAGUAUGUGCCUGCCAGCUCAGCUGGCACAGAAUAUUGUCACUGGGUCACAAAAUCCCCAAAGAGAAGAUUUUCUAACUGGAUUAGAAAGAGAGAUCAUUUGUGUGACUCUAAAAAGAGACCCACAGCAUGGUUUUGGGUUUGUCAUUAUUGGAAGCGAAAAUGUGGAUAAAUUGGACCUUGGAAUCUUUAUUGCUUCCAUUAUACCUGGGGGACCUGCUGAGAGAGCCAAAAAGAUCAAGCCAGGAGGGAGAAUAAUCUCCUUGAAUAAUAUCAGUUUGGAGGGUGUCACAUUUAAUAUGGCUGCUAAAAUCAUUCAGAAUUCUCCUGACAUGGUGGACUUGAUUGUUUCUCAACCCAAAGACGUCUGCAAGUCAGCGCCCAAAGAGGGAGUGAAGCGUCAGAGAAAACACGAUCCUGCCAGGUCUGAGGUCUCUCCUGCAGUCAGUGGGAGAAACAGCCUUCAGAGGAGCUGUUCAUCAAACAGCAGAGAGCAAACCAUAAAUAUUGAUGAGCUAGAGGCGACACUUUCUCAGAGCUUAGGGCCCAGCCUGGGCCAACCUCAGGUUCCAGCUCCAUCAGCUGGCAGACUCCACUCAGAGGAUGUUGACUCCACCUACCCUUCACCACCUGCAAAAUUCAAUGCCCGAGAAACCUACUGGGUGGAAUUGGUUAAGGAAAAUGGGACCUUCGGAAUCAGUGUGACUGGUGGUAUUAAUACUAGUGUGCGCUAUGGAGGAAUAUAUGUGAAAUCCAUUGUUCCUGGAGGACCAGCUGCUAAAGAAGGGCAAAUUGAGAUUGGUGACCGCCUGCUGGAGGUGGAUGGAAUUAAUCUGUGUGGUAUCACCCACAAGCAGGCUGUUGAAUGCCUCAAGAACUCCCAGCAGGUUGCAAGACUGGUUUUAGAAAAGAGAGACCAGAGACCGGCAGAGCAGUGUCCAUCUGCUGAUGACAGAAAGAAAGAUGAAUGUGUUGCUGUUUCCUUAGCAACAACCUUGCCUGACAACCCUGAGAGCUGUGCCUUGGUGACAGAUGAUAACAUAUUUGAGGUCACUCUGAAGAAGACCUCCAGUGGCCUGGGAUUCAGCUUCCUUCAGACAGCAAGGGAGAGCUCAGAUCACCUUAGAAGUUAUAUCGUGAGGAUUAAGAGACUGUUUCCAGGGCAGCCAGCUGAAGAGAAUGGGGAAAUUGCAGUUGGUGAUAUUAUCCUGGCUGUGAAUGGAAAGCCUACACAAGGUCUCUCUUACCAGGAAGUCCUUCACCUACUGAGAGGUGCUCCUGAAAAGGUUACUUUGCGUCUUUGCAGACCACUUCAAGGUAUACUGCCUGAAAUAGACCAGGAUUUGCUGACACCUACGCCCUCUCAAGACAAAGAAUUUACCAGGGCUGAAUGCCUUACUUCGGAACACAGGAGCAACUCGAAUCCAGGUAAUAGUGAGAAGGACAGUUCCUCAUUGGAAUCAGAGGAAGAUGUGGGUUCUAAGACAGUAUCUUUCCAUAAGUCCAUUGAUGAGGAAGAGUGGAGCUCUGAUGAAGAUGAAGAGAGAACUUGGGGUGCACUAUUAACUCAUCCAGAUGUCUUCCACGAAUGUUCAUGGAGUCAUCACCAAGAAACUGCUGCUCCAGAGUUGGUUUCCUCUUUAGAAGAGGAUGUAAGGCAAAAUUGCUACUCAGUUUGUGAUGUAAGGACAUCAGAAAGCCCUGAAUUUGAAAGGAGUGACUAUGAUGAGCAUCGCAAGUACUGUUUGCCUGAGUUUCCUUCUCCCACCUCUGUUGAUGAAGAAUAUCUUACCAUAAGUACUACAUCUGCCACUCCACUCUCUUAUGGAGGAUGGUUGGAAGUACCUUCAAGGACCACUCUUCAGCCACCAUUUUGCACAUUUAGGCCUCACUUGGUAUCUUUGCCUAUUGAGGAGUCUGGCAAUAGUGAGGACGAAUGGGAAGACCUGGAGGAGACUGUAGAAACAGAUGAUGACCUGUCCAAGGGGAAUGGAGAGAAUGGGGUCUCCUGUGACAACAGCAAAGUGCUCCUCCUGCCUGAUGCUUCUUCUGAAUUGAAGAGGGUGGCUGACUCCGUGGAAGACCUCUCAGUUUUCCUCAGACCAGAGGAUGUGCCUGAAAUAGCCCUUGUGAAAGAUAGUGAUGGGCAGCUUGGGUUGAAGUUAACAGGAAGAGCUGAAGGUGAUGUACAGGGCAUUUAUGUCCUAGAAAUUAUGCCACAUUCACCAGCCAGCAGAGAAGGGAGCCUUCAGCCAAAAGAUCAAAUCCUGUCUAUAUGUGGAGUUUGGAUGGAGGGCAUCAGUGUGGAUGAAGCUUUGCAAGUGUGUGAGGCAGCUGACCACAUAGUCCACAUCCGAGCAAUGAGAGUUGGCUACCCAGUGAUCCCCCGGAGACAAUACAUAGCAGAAGACUUGAAGAAACAAGAUUAUGCCCUGCCACCUAGCAAAGCAUAUUCACCACCCACGGAGGGUUAUCUCAUUGAAGUUGACUUGGAAAAAAGAGGGACAGGGAGCUUGGGGUUUGCCCUAACAGGUGGCAGAAAUGGCCACUCAUUUCAAAUCAAAGCAAUUUCCCCCGGUAGUAUUGCUGACCUUGAUGGAAGACUUCAAGCUGGUGACAUUUUAUUGAAGGUGAAUGGCAAAUCAAUAUUGGGUCAACCACACAGGGCAGUUAUUGACCUUAUCCGUCAGACUCAGGGCACUGUCAGACUCACGGUCCGUCGAAGCACUGACGUGGUUUCAUCUCAUUCAGGCCAUGGAUACAACACAAUGUUUUCACGAAGGAAAGAUGCAGCACUGCCCGGAAAGGCCCUUGCAGUAGGUGCCACUGUUACCAGAGGCCUGAAAGCCAGGGAGGCUCUGCCUUCUCCAAGUCAAGACAAGACAGCUAGCCCAAUGGGCAAUCAGGUCUUUGAAACUAAAGUUAACUCACGGAAGGUGGAAUUAUGUCUACAGAGUUUCUCCCUUAGGAAUGAUUAUGCAGAUCUCCUUGAAGAGAGUACAGCUAGGACUGAGUCCAGCGUUUGGAAGGGCACAGCAAACUGUAACUCUGAAAACUGGAACAAUGAAGAUGGGCAGCAUCCAGGAACAUCCCGUGAUUCAACAGUUGGGGUCCCAGGUUUGAAAAUUAUUUCUGAGGAAGAACUAACUGAAGUAUCUGAGAUUAGGCCAAUUCUACACAGUUUUCAUUUGAUGGAGACUCUCAGAAGUCUGACUGAAGCCAUUGAAAAGCAGAUAGCAAGAAAUGAAACCUUCAUGGAAUUUUUGUCUUUAGACAACAUAAAGCCACUUGAUGACUGCAUCUUGGGAAAUGCUCCACAAAACAAAGAGAAAAACAGAUACCGAGAUAUUGUUCCAUAUGAUGGAACACGGGUUCCACUUGGAGAAAAGCAGGAUUACAUCAAUGCAAGUUAUAUCCGUAUAUUGAAUUCAGGGGAAGAAUACUUAUACAUUGCAACUCAAGGACCCCUGCCAGGAACCAUGGAAGACUUUUGGCAAAUGGUUUGGGAAAAUAAAUCCAAUGUCAUUGCCAUGAUGACCAAAGAAAUGGAGAAUGGAUUAAUCAAAUGCCACCGUUACUGGCCCAUUUCUCUGAACAAGCCUUUGGAGCUUCAAAACUAUAUUAUUGCAUUGGAGAAUUACCAGAUACUAGAAGCUUUUACAAUUCGAGAGAUUAAAAUGGUUAAAAAGACAGGCUCAGUUCACUUUGUGCAUCAGAUACAAUUCAUUAAUUGGCCGGACCAUGGCAUUCCCACAUCAUUUGAUGGUUUUGUGAAGUAUGUCCGCUACAUGAAGAAGAUCCAUGAGACGGGACCCAUCAUUGCACACUGCAGCGCAGGCAUUGGGAGGACUGGGGUCAUCUUGUGUGUGGAUGUUGUGCUUCGUGCCCUAGAAAAAGACUUUGAGUUCAAUAUCAAGAAUAUCGUGACCCAAAUGAGAGAGCAACGUUAUGGUAUGAUUCAGACCAAGGUGCAGUAUCACUUUUGUUAUGAAAUCGUGCUUUAUGUUCUACGGAAAAUUCUAACCUCUACACUCAGUUCCACCAAAUAAGAACAGUUCUUACAUUGCGUCUGCAAGUGACCGAGUGGCUUGGUGUCUGUCUCUUCCUCUGUGGACAUUUAUUAGCUUAUGGACACAAUAACAUAUUUUUUUCUUAGUGUAUUCAAGUACCUUAAUGUCUGAAGAGUCUCUGAAGGUAGUAAAAUACAGGUUGGGGAUGAAAUAAUGCUUAAAAAGAAACAUAUUGCCUCAUAGUGGUUGUUUUCAAUACUAUCACAAUGCUACCCCUAUUUCAAUGGGACAAUCAUUACAGAAAGUAACUGUGUAUUUGCUAUGUAGCUGAGAAGAUGACAGGGAAGAAUAACAGAUCUUGAAAAUUUUGGUAGGAUUUUAUUCAGGAAGAGCAUCUGAAAGUUAACCCUAAAGGGUUCUAGAACGCUAUUAAAUACUUUUUUGUGGGAGAAUUUAAGGCCAAAAAACUUCAGGAUAACAGCAAUUAUCCUUUGCAGGUUCUUCAAACAGAAUCUUACUUCUGUUCUUUGGCUAAAGAGUUGGUAUUUCCAGCUGGUUCUUUAAAUAACCCAGACUACAAAAGACCCAAUUAGGGUGCAGUUAUUGUGUCUAAGCAAUGAGGACUCCUUUUGUAGCUUUCUUCUGUACCCCUCUGGGAGUUUGCUGAGAUUUCAUGGGGAAGAUGGUAUCUUUGAGCAGUUGCAUGUAUGUGCAGAACAAGAGGACAUAAGGAAAAUGCAGAAGGUGGUCAGGAUUCUGCUCUCCCACAUGAGCACACGGAAGUGAACAGUCCAAAAUGGAAAUGGAUGUUUCUGCAUUAGAGCCAAGACAUAACUAUGGCCCAGCUUGAGUUCUUUCUAGUUCCACCCUAACACUUGGAGUAUGACUCAGCCUGUUGUGUUGGUAUCAAACAGAACAUUUUGGGCUUGUUAUUCUUUUAGCUGACCAAUAACUUUUGAUCAAAAACUAUCAUUCCAUAAUUCUGAAUUAUCCACAAGAUCCCUUAAGCUAUAGAUUUUCUUUUUCUGUCUGGGAUCUGUGAUCAUUCAUUUCUUUAUCUGUUUUUCCUCUCCCCUAAAAAACACUUAGAAGGUUCAAUUGGUUUUCUGAUUUUGGGGGGAAAAUCUGAUUUGGUUUUCGGAAAAGAAAGACUCGUGUAUUUGCUUUUGAAGGAGGUAAGUACUAUUCCAUUCAGCUUAGAUAGGAACUUGUGAAUCGAUGAACAAUAACAGUGAUAUGAUGUGAGGGAGUUUCAGUUCUGCACUGUACAUUAUCACCAGUUAAAAGGAAUUGAUAAAAUUCUGUACAUUCAAGUGGUAUUGAUUAGUGAUCAGGGUGACUUACGCAACACACAGAGGGAAAUGCCUGAAAGUCACAGUUGUAGCUUGUGGAUUCCUAAAAGGCUUAAUUGCUUUCCUUAACUAAAUGUGCACUUGAGUUUGCUGAGAGAAAUUGACGGGUUUUAGAUAAUUAUUUUUCCCCCCUGCUGGGUAAUAUACCAUGUACGUACGUACGUGCUUUACAAUUUUAUUUUAAAUCAAAUUGAUAAUUUUAUUUAUCUUGUCCUGUUAAGCAGUAGUCAGUAAAAGUGUUUGACUUAGAUAUUUAUUCACUAUAUUUGAUAGCCCUCUCUAUUUUUUUUGUAAAAUAAUUGUGCUAUAUAUACUGUACUACACACUUUUGUAUAGGAUUGUUCAAAUGGAAAUGUUUACUAUGUAUUGCAUAAAAGUGUUUUUAUUUAGCCUGGCCCAAGAUUUUUCUUGUGAAGCCAACUUCUAUGAUCGAUGCUGGUAUUCUUUUUGGCAUAUUCAUUCCUUAGCUUCUGCAUACUAUUUUUACAGCUGGACCAAUUUUCAAUUUUCCAGGGAAAUUAAAGUAGCAAAUUUGGAAAUAUUGACCGCAUUCAUUUUCAUUUUGGUCUUAGGGAGGGAAUUCUAAAUGCAAAAAGGCUUUACUAAUUGAAAUAGUCUUUCAACAAAUUGUGACUCAAAUUCUGCCGUAAGUUAAGAAUACGGACCUACCAUUGACACUUGUGGGAGUAUCUCGUGGCUACUUUGGAUACACUGGUUUUUUUUAAGACCUUAACAUGUGUAUA